AUGGAGGCCCUGGAGUCUUCGACGCCCGCGGACCCGCUGCCACCAGCCUCUGGUCUCAGCGCUGUGCCCCCAGUCCCAGUCCCUAUACCAUCACCUCCUCCAGCUGCAACUGCUGUCAAGGAUCCGUUGUCAACCAAAUCAAAGGUCCGGCCAAGGUCUCGUUCCGGCUCAGGCGCUAUCGCUGUCGCAGCCCCCAACGUGACUGCUGCCGUAGCAGCACUCAAGAAAAAGGAAAACACCAGCCCUGGCUUCUCGACACCCAGUAAGUGGCCUUCUGUUAGGUCCACCAACACCGCGCGCAUGCCCACGACUAUCGUUGCAAAACCAUUGGUUCCUCUCUCUGAACGAAGAAUACACCAGAAGAAACCCACAACUCGAAGUCUCAAGGACUCGGAUUCCAGCCUAGAUAACCAGGGCAGUCUGUCUCGAUGGGAGAUAGCUCCAGACGGUGGAUCGGCAGGUCGUGAAGGACGUCAAUUCACUGUCGCCAACGUCGGGAACAAUGGUCGCAUAUAUUUGAGGCCGACCGUUCGCCCUGCGUACCAGCGAACUCCUCAGCCUCAAUUCGUCUUUCCGAUUACACCUCCCAGUACCGCAGGCUUGGAUGCGAUUUCUAAUAAACAGCUUCAAGACGAGACGAGUGAACUUCACGUUAGUCAGUGGACGCCAACACCGGAACCUUCACCCUAUGAAGGUGCCCGAACAUACUUCGAUCACAAUUCUCAGUAUCCGCUCCGGCCCGUGAAACAUCGUCGCGCUCUUUCCGAUAGCACGGUUCACGAGGUGUCCGCUGCCAAAGAUUCGGAACCCGGGGCCUUCAAGAUCGUUAUUUCGAAGCCACUGGAGGAAUACCGACCUCGGACUAUGGAAGAUUUCGAUUCGACUUCUGAUCCUCUUCUUGAUAUUACCAUCCCUUCGUGGCGCAUAGGAGUUCCCCGGUUCACGGGAAGAGGCACACCAAUGAUUCGCGGAUCCUCGUAUGCUCCCACUGAGGAGUUUCGCUCAAGUAGCGCCUCGCUACUGAGCCGACCCCAGGGAGUGCUAAAUAGCUCGCAUCCCGAUAUAACGUCUUCAAGGAGGCCGAGCUCGAUGGCUGUACCGAUGCUACGAAUUUCUCGAAAUAUACCCGCCAUGACUCAGACUCCUUCAACUACACAACCUUCUCGAACCAUUCGUCCAAGUUAUCAGUCGAAUUCUAAAGUCGAACCCGCCAUGUUCGAUGAUCUCACAUUCAAGCCAGCCUGCGAUGACCGAACAUUAGUAAAAUAUUCUGCAGCAACUGGUGCUGUUAUAGCUGCUACACCACCGCGACUCGUUGCCGAAAUCACAUCACCCAGUUUCCUCGAUUACGAACUUAUCUCAGACUUCUUCCUCACUUUCCGAGCGUUUCUGGAGCCUGUGGAUCUUCUCCGUAUGCUUAUUGCAAGGCUGCGUUGGGCUUUGGCUCGUGAUGAUGAGACAGGCAUGGUUGUACGUGUUCGUACAUUUGUUGCCCUUCGACAUUGGAUUCUCAACUAUUUUAUGGACGACUUCGUUGUGGAUUAUAACCUUCGACAAACGUUCUGCGAACUACUCAACGAUUUUGUGGAUGAGCUUUCGCAAUGUAACCGGUCUCGAAAGGUUCAGCUGAAGAUUCUUGGAGAAUUGAAGAAGUGUUGGCGAAGAGUUUGCGCACUGUACUGGGAUGGCUCGAAUUUCGACGACACUCUCGAUUCUAGCGUUCCUAUCACGCCUGGUGGUAUUGCUGGACAUCGCGAUCCCAGCCUAGAUCCAUCUUUCUGGGACCGUGAUGAUGGCGAAACACCCCGUAUCGAAAGUCUACUACCACUCAGAAGGAGUCCUGCUGAACGAACAAGUUUCAUCGCCGAUAUCUCUCGAGCUGGCCAUGUUGGAGAUUCUGUGGUGGUUGAGCACCGUCCUAGCACCCCUGAACGACAAACUGCAAGGGAUUCAGCAGAACAGCAGACAUCGCCAAUUAGCAUGACUAGCAUGGACAUCAUUUCAUGCUCUUUUCCUAGCAAGAUUAAACCUGCUCAGCCUCAGCCUCAUCAGACAAACCCUCUGGCUGCUCAUCCUGUAUCAACCUCGGCUUAUCACACUGGACCAGUAGCUACGACCCCUCGUGCCCUCGUUGGCAAGCGUGUACGACCUCAAGCUGCCCACAAGCGCAACAACAGUUUGACCGAUUCUCUGCGAGAGCACAGCACGGAUAAACUGUCAUUCAAGGAUCAGGAGUUCAUGAUGACAGCCCCAUAUGGAGGAAGUCUUGUCCGUGGAAAUUUGUUACCUCCUGGCCAGGCUUUUGUCGAUGUGGAACCGGAUGAGUUCUCUACCAGCUUGGUACCUUCGCCUAACCUGCACCCUGAAAGUCGAAGCCUCGUCAAGGAAAGGAUAACCGCUGGCGCGAUGUCUGGACACGGUAUGAAGAAGCUGCUGGGAACCGUUCGAAGAGCCUUGAGCACUAGGGGGCAAGGCAUGUCUCCCACUCAAGGGAGUCUCGUCAGUCUUGGUAACAUUGGUCCUCGUGGCGCGAUAACGAAUCGCAUCCCUGGAACGGCUGUCGUACCCCAAAGCCGCCAUAGGCCUAGCGGAGCUCGCCCGACUGUCAGAAUUGACUUGCUCGGUGCUGAGAUUGUAGAGGAUUUCAAGAAGGCUGUGCGAGAUGAGGCUGCUGCUGAAGCUGAUCGUCGCGGAUUACCACCACCGAUGUCCCCUAACCCAUCCCUGACUCCUACUGGAGACUUUCACUACUCAGCUGCUCAUAUGGAUACAACCAGCUAUGAUCAUAUUACACACGAGCAUAGACAUCGACCGGUUAGCGAUAUGGCCAUUACCACAGGCAGCAAAUCCAUUGUCAUUGUGGAUGACACGACACCUUUUGACCCAUCGCUCCUCCACCGAAUCCCUAACAGCAAUGCUUCUGUCGAGGCCUUUGCAGAUACUUUCAAGUUGACGGGAGGCGAUCCCACUCCCCCCUCUACACCUCCUGCUGGCAAUGGUGGAAACACACCUCGCCGUUCCUCGUACCUCCUCAACCAACACGUUGUCCGGCCUUCGUUAGACGAAGAUCCUCUGCCACCAUUUGUCCCUGACUUCGAGACCCUCGCCCCUGUCACUAGCGCACCCCUGUCAGAGGAUGGUAGCCGCGUCUCAUACUCUACAGCAGCCCGAAGCACUCGCAACCGCCCUCCUGUGUCGUAUCAGAACCACCGUCGCAACAAAUCUGGCAGGACUCAUCGGUCUUUGAACUCGAUCCUUCGCCGUCGCAGCUCAUUCACAAACGGCCUCGCUCGCCGAUCCACAGUCCAGAGCUUCGAUGCCACAACAGUCUCUGCCCAAUCGAUCGCGGAACCUGAGCCUGAGGAGCCUAUGCCACCGCCUCUGCGAAUUCUUCGACGACGACCUGGAGGAGACUUGCGAGCUGCCACAAACGUGGGAGAGCUGGACCCUGUUACGCUGAGGAGAUCCCAAUCUGUUGGCUCCUUGACAACAUAUUCAGAGUCAAUUCGAAGCUCUUUCAUGCAGAGCCCUCGGAUGGCGUCUUUUGGUCGUGGAUCUUUCGGUCAAGGCUCAGUAGUCUCCAUUGAGUACGUGCAGCCUAGAAGCGAGGCCUUCUCUGUUGGACAACUUGCGGACAAACCGAAGCGAGAGCUCUCACUAUUCAGCACACACUCAUCCAAGCCUGCUAUGCGCCCCUCGUUCGAAAAGGAGGCUCAGAAACUGGCUCAGAUUCCUGAUGAUGACGAUGAUGGCGGAAUCGAGUCUGCUUUAGCCAAGCUUGAGGGAAAGCUACCCGAGAAGAAGUCACACAAAUCCGCUGUCAGCCUUCAAGCCCCGCCUCAGACAAUUGGCGAGGUCAUGAUCGCUUCAGAGCAGUCAGAGGCGGACCGCAAGAAGAAUCACCAUGAACAAGAGCUGAUGGUCAGGGAGACGUUUAUGCUGGACCCUGAGGAUAGCGAACCAGAGCCUUUGACUGAACCACAAGAGCAGAGCCUUUCGCCUGAGAGACCUACAACCGAAGCGAGAUCAUUCUUGACUGGUUCUUCGCGCGAGUCGUACUCUUCUGUUCCCAUUCUCGACCGGGACUCGGCAAAGGGUCGCCCUUGGACCAACAUGUCCAUCCUCGAGGGCUCAGAUGAAGAGACAACGCCUCGUCCACACAAGACUGUCUUGUAUACUGAAGACGAAGGCGACUCACAGCAUGCUUCUUACGACUUCAUUGAGAAGACGCGGAGCAUUGAAGGCAUCAAGCCUGGUGACACUGCCCCCUCAGUGGAGGAGGACCAAUCAUUCCUUGACGAUGACAGCGAUCUUUCAUCCGAGAUGUCGGCGGAUGCCCUCGAGUACGAGGACUCUGAAUAUGGUGAUGGUAUUUUGCCUCGAGUGAAGCUCCCUGCUCAUCCUCUUGGUUCGCCCGCUCCACCCCCUAACCGCAAGCCUCCUUCUCCUCCCAUGACUUUGGUGCAAGCACUGGAGAUGUCUCCGCCUCACUGCUUCACAGUCCCUGAGCUACACGAGGAUCAAGUUUGGGGCCAGAAGCCUCUUCCUCCAACUCCUGAGACCACACCUACAGCUGCGUACGUUCAGACAGCUGAUCAAUCAUCAACCGAUGCACUUCGUCAAGUUGCUAAGGUGGACUCCUACGAGAGCAACAAGUAUUCUGCUCACUUGCCAUUCAUCCUGGCUUUCGACUCGGAGAUCCUCGCUCAACAGUUCACGCUCAUCGAAAAGGACGCGCUGAACGAGAUUGACUGGAAGGAACUCAUUGACAUGAACUGGAAGGAUGCUGCUCAUAGCGACUCUCGCUCGUGGGUUGAUUUCCUUCGUAACUCUGACGCCCAUGGUGUUGAAGUAGUCAUUGCUCGCUUUAACAUCAUGGUCAAAUGGGCCAUCUCUGAGAUUGUCUUGACGCAAGGCCUGGAGGAGAGAGUACGAUGCAUUACCAAGUACAUUCAUAUCGCCACUCACUGUCGCCGCUACCGCAACUUUGCUACCCUUGCUCAGCUCACCAUCGCCCUGUCGAGUAACGAAGUCGCUAGACUCAGCAAGACCUGGCAGCAUGUUGCUCCUCAAGACCUGAGGACACUACAAGAUCUUGAGAAGCUGGUCACUCCUAUGCGCAACUUCUACAACCUACGGGCGGAGAUGGAGGUUGGCUCUGACCAGGGCUGUAUUCCUUUCGUCGGUAUUUAUACCCACGAUCUGCUUUACAAUGCUCAGCGACCGUCUGAAAUGGCAGGCUCCCCUACAACGCCCCCUCUGAUCAACUUUGAACGAUGUCGCAUUGCGGCCUCUGUUGUCAAGACACUGCUUAGGUUGUUGGAGGCCAGCACCCGAUACAAGUUCCAGCCCAUUGAAGGCAUUACUGAACGCUGUCUCUGGAUGAGCGCCUUGAGCGACGAGGACAUUCGACGUCACUCCGAAAUGCUCGAAUGA